CAGCCUCCUGACUCUCAGCUGAUUUGCUCUCAUCUGUUUUAGGUAGGCAGGGCUCUGUUGCUAGCUGCAGAGUGCUGGAGCAGAUUUUUUUCCCCCUAGCUAUGCUGAAAAAACAAAACUGAAAGUAAAGCAGGAUGUUUGCUGCAAGGUGACAAAAUGAGGCAGAGAGAGAUUUCUUUUUCUUUUUCCUCACCAAAAAAGAUGGCGGUCAGGCAAGAUCUGUGCCUAGAAAGCCAUCAACACUGCAUUGCUAGAAAGGCUGGGAGGACAGGAGAGGCGCAGAGGAACUUCCUCUUCCGGAUGACUGAUGGGAGGAAAGUGGAGUGCAGAGCGGCUUUUGUGCUCUUCCCAGGGUCGGAGCAGCAGCUGGAGACAAAGAAGAUGGCAAUGAGCACUCUGGACAACUGAGGAUAACAAACAACUUUGAAUAGCAAAACAAGUCAGUCCAGAAAUCAAAAUAUUUUCCAUUUCCUUCAGAGAGUCCCCCAGCAGGUGAGAGAGAAAUGAGAGAAAAUCAAGAAGAGAUUUCUAACUGGAAAAAUAGAGUGUGAAAUUAAAGCAUACAUUGCAUGAAAAGUCAAGGGAGAUUGUUUUUCCAUUCAGGAAAAGAGGGAAAUAUCUGGAAGUAACUGGGGAGGAAGCCACGUAGAGCAGACAGUGUUGAAGGCCUCGCUCUGGGAGGAAGAAAAUCACCAAUAAAUCAAAGCAGCACUAAAGGGAUUAUCCAUAUUUUUGACUACCUCAAGAAUAUUAGUUGUGGAAAAGCUCCAUAGACGUUUCUGUUCUGGGAAAGAUAGAACUUGCAAAUCACAGCUGAUUAUGCCAGAGGGGAUCCAGACUGGAGAAAAACCAUACAAAUACUCUGAAUGUGGCAAAAGCUUUGGUCAGAACAACUUCAUUUUCCUUCAUGGAAGGCCCCACACAAGAGAGAAGCCCUACAAAUGUUCCCAAUGCGGUAAAUGCUUUAGCAAGCAUGGCAACGUGGACUCACAUCAAGGAGAAACUGUUUGAAUGUCCUAAUUGUGAGAAAUGUUUCAGUAACAAUUACAACCUGGUGACACACCAGAGGACUCACACAGGAGAGAAACCAUUUGAAUGUCCUGAUUGUGGGAAAUGUUUCAGUCAAAAUUCCAACCUCAUUGGCCACCAGAGGACUCACACAGGAGAGAAACCAUUUGAAUGUCCUGAUUGUGGGAAAAGUUUCAGUCAAAAUUCCAACCUCAUUGGCCACCAGAGGAUUCACACAGGAGAGAAACCCUUUGAAUGUCCUGAUUGUGGGAAAUGUUUCAGUCAGAAUUCCAGCCUGGUUAAACACCAGAGGAUUCACACAGGAGUGAAACCCUUUGAAUGUCCUGAUUGUGGGAAAUGUUUCAGUGAUAAUUCCAGCCUGGUUAAACACCAGAGAACUCACACAGGAGAGAAACCAUUUGAAUGUCCUGAUUGUGGGAAAUGUUUCGUUCAGAAUUCCAGCUUGGUUCAACACCAGAGGAUUCACACAGGAGAGAAACCCUUUGAAUGUCCUGACUGUGGGAAAAGUUUCAGUCAAAAUUCCAACCUCAUUGGCCACCAGAGGAUUCACACAGGAGAGAAACCCUUUGAAUGUCCUGACUGUGGGAAAAGUUUCAGUCAAAAUUGCAACCUCAUUGGCCACCAGAGGAUUCACACAGGAGUGAAACCCUUUGAAUGUCCUGAUUGUGGGAAACGUUUCAGUCAGAAUUGCAUCCUGGUUAAACACCAGAGGAUUCACACAGGAGAGAAACCCUUUGAAUGUCCUGAUUGCAGGAAAAGUUUCAGUCGGAAUUCCAGCCUGGUUAAACACCAGAGGAUUCACACAGGAGUGAAACCCUUUGAAUGUCCUGACUGUGGGAAAAGUUUCAGUCGGAAUUCCAACCUCAUUGGCCACCAGAGGAUUCACACAGGAGAGAAACCCUUUGAAUGUCCUGACUGUGGGAAAAGUUUCAGUCAAUAUUCCAACCUUAUUGGCCACCAGAGGAUUCACACAGGAGUGAAACCCUUUGAAUGUCCUGAUUGUGGGAAAAGUUUCAGUCAGAAUUCCAGCCUGGUUAAACACCAGAGGAUUCACACAGGAGUGAAACCCUUUGAAUGUCCUGAUUGUGGGAAAUGUUUCAGUGAUGAUUCCAGCUUGGUUCAACACCAGAGGACUCACACAGGAGAGAAACCUUUUGAAUGUCCUGACUGUGGGAAAAGUUUCAGUCGGAAUUCCACCCUCAUUGGCCACCAGAGGAUUCACACAGGAGAGAAACCCUUUGAAUGUCCUGACUGUGGGAAAUGUUUCAGUCAGAAUUCCAGCCUGGUUCAACACCAAAGGAUUCACACAGGAGUGAAACCCUUUGAAUGUCCUGAUUGUGGGAAAAGUUUCCGUCAGAUUUCCAGCCUCGUUAAACACCAGAGGAUUCAUACAGGAGAGAAACCCUUUGAAUGUCCUGAUUGUGGGAAAUGUUUCAGUGAUAAUUCCAGCUGGAUUAGACACCAGAGAACUCACACAGGAGAGAAACCCUUUGAAUGUCCUGAUUGUGGGAAAUGUUUCAGUGAUAAUUCCAGCUGGGUUAGACACCAGAGGAUUCACACAGGAGAGAAACCAUUUGAAUGUCCUGAUUGUGGGAAAUCUUUCAGUGAAAAUUCUAGCUUGGUUAGACACCGGAGAACUCACACAGGAGAGAAACCAUAUGAGUGUCCAGACUGUGGGAAAGAUUUCAACAGAAAUUCCAGCCUGGUUAAACACCAGAGGAUUCACACAGGAGAGAAACCCUUUGAAUGUCCUGAUUGUGGGAAAUGUUUCAGUCAGAAUUCCAGCCUGGUUCAGCACCAGAGGAUUCACACAGGAGUGAAACCCUUUGAAUGUCCUGAUUGUGGGAAAAGUUUCAGUAAGAAUUCCAACCUCAUUGGCCACCAGAGGAGUCACACAGGAGACAAACCCUUUGAAUGUCCUGACUGUGGGAAAAGUUUCAGUUGGAAUUCCAACCUCCUUGACCACCAGAGGACUCACACAGGAGAGAAACCCUUUGAAUGUCCUGACUGUGGGAAAAGUUUCAGUCAGAAUUCCAGCCUGGUUAAACACCAGAGGACUCACACAGGAGAGAAACCCUUUGAAUGUCCUGACUGUGGGAAAAGUUUCAGUCAGAAUUCCAGCUGGGUUAGACACCAGAGGAUUCACACAGGAGAGAAACCCUUUGAAUGUCCUGACUGUGUGAAAAGUUUCAGUCAGAAUUCCAGCCUGGUUAAACACCAGAGGAUUCACACAGGAGGGAAACCCUUUGAAUGUCCUGACUGUGGGAAAAGUUUCAGUCAGAAUUCCAAACUCAUUGGCCACCAGAAGACUCACCCAGGAGAGAAACCCUUUGAAUGUCCUGAUUGUGGGAAACGUUUCAGUCGGAAUUCCAAACUCAUUGGCCACCAGAGGACUCACACAGGAGUGAAACCCUUUGAAUGUCCUGAUUGUGGGAAAAGUUUCAGUCAGAAUUCCAGCCUGGUUAAACACCAGAGGAUUCACACAGGAGUGAAACCCUUUGAAUGUCCUGAUUGUGGGAAAUGUUUCAGUCGGAAUUCCAGCCUGGUUAAACACCAGAGGAUUCACACAGGAGUGAAACCCUUUGAAUGUCCUGAUUGUGGGAAAUGUUUCAGUGAUAAUUCCAGCUUGGUUCAACACCAGAGGACUCACACAGGAGAGAAACCCUUUGAAUGUCCUGACUGUGGGAAAAGUUUCAGUCAGAAUUCCACCCUCAUUGGCCACCAGAGGAUUCACACAGGAGAGAAACCAUUUGAAUGUCCUGAUUGUGGGAAAUGUUUCAGUGAUAAUUCCAGCUUGGUUCAACACCAGAGGACUCACACAGGAGAGAAACCCUUUGAAUGUCCUGACUGUGGGAAAAGUUUCAGUCAGAAUUCCCACCUCAUUGGCCACCAGAGGAUUCACACAGGAGAGAAACCCUUUGAAUGUCCUGACUGUGGGAAAUGUUUCAGUCAUAAUUUCAGCCUGGUUAAACACCAGAGGAUUCACACAGGAGUGAAACCCUUUGAAUGUCCUGAUUGUGGGAAAAGUUUCCGUCAGAUUUCCAGCCUGGUUAAACACCAGAGGACUCAUACAGGAGAGAAACCCUUUGAAUGUCCUGAUUGUGGGAAAUGUUUCAGUGAUAAUUCCAGCUGGGUUAGACACCAGAGGACUCAUACAGGAGAGAAACCAUUUGAAUGUCCUGAUUGUAGGAAAUGUUUCAGUGAUAAUUCCAGCCUGGUUAAACACCAGAGGACUCAUACAGGAGAGAAACCAUUUGAAUGUCCUGAUUGUGGGAAAUGUUUCAGUGAAUAUUCUAACUUGGUUAGACACCAGAGAACUCACACAGGAGAGAAACCAUAUGAGUGUCCAGACUGUGGGAAAAGUUUCAGUCAGAAUUCCAGCCUGGUUCAACACCAGAGGACUCAUACAGGAGAGAAACCCUUUCAAUGUCCUGACUGUGGGAAAAGUUUCAGUCAUCAUUCCAGCCUGGGUAAACACCAGAGGACUCACACAGGAGGGAAACUUUCCAGACUGUAGGAAAGAUCUCAGUACUAGGGUUAAUAUUAUGAAUCACAUUCUUAUACACAAAGGGGAGAAACCGUUUUAGUGUUCCUCUCCCCCCCUCUCUCUCUCUCACACACACACACACACCUCACUGAGAGCAACCUGAUUACUUCCUGGCAGUCAAUGGGGAAGAAGAGAGGUAAAAAAAAAAAGAGCAUAAAGUAAGGGAAUAUUGUGGCCAAAACAUGCCUCAUCUAAAGCAACCAAUCACUUUGAAGAUUCAACAUAUAUUAAGCAUUCAAACAAUCACUGUGCACAAUGGAUUCCAGCAAAGCAUUGGCAGCUUUCUGAGCAGCCCCGACCUAAAGCAGAACCGCAGGUUAUAUAUACCGUUGGCCCACUACAUUAGAAAGAUGUAGAAACAGGCAAGCACCCUAUAGAGUACAGCAUGACGUUGGAAUAUUUUUGAUAAUCUCAUUAUUUCUCCCUGCCUACAAGGUCAGCAGGGCAACUAUGCGCUCUGUGAGAUACGGUCAGGGAAUAUAAACAUUUCGACCAGUGGUGGGUUGCUACCGGUUUGCCCCAGAUCAGGCAAGGUGGUAGAGCGAGAGGCUCCACUCACCCGGACGUCUCUGCGCAUGCAUAGAAGCAGCCUGCGUGCGCACAAGCGAACCGUUAGUGAACAGAAUUGAAACCCACUACUGAUUUUGACCCACUGGUCCAGAAAUUCCAGUCUGAUUCUUCCCCCUGUGCCCAUGCAGGCCCAGUUCAGCUUGUUGUCAAUGUUUACUUACAACAAGACUUUAAGCUCUCUACAACUAUUGGGGUGCAGGAGCAUCUCUAGAGGUUUCCUAGUGAAUGUAACUCAGUGGUCUGUAUGGAUAAUCACUGGGGACUUUCCAUGACUGAGUGGAGAACACAAACUCUACCUCCCUGCUCUUAACCCAGCACAAUAUCCACCCUAUCCAAUGCCCUCCCUUUGCUCAGACUGAAGUAAAUGGCCUUGGGAGCAGUGGUGGGUUGCUCCCGGUUUGGUCCGGUUCCUGCGAACCGGUAGUAAAAGCGGCGGGAGGCUCCGCCCAUUGUCAUGAUGGACAAUCUGUGUCUGCACAGAAGCUUUUGCUGCACAGAAGCACGUGCAUGCUCCCAUUGCAAACCGGUAGUAAAGGUAACUAGAACCCACCCCUCCUUGGGAAAUAUGCAAACUCCAUUACUAAAGAGGUGAAGGGGAAACAUCUCCCAAGUCCGCAGCACAUGGAUCCUAUUUAGAAGAGACUCAGACAGACUCCUCCCUAAUUCACAGGAGUAUAAGAAGGGGGGAGAAGGUACAAAGAAGAUACUUUACAUGUGUUUUCACCCAAAAAGGAAACAUGACACAACUUAUCAAAAACAGAAUCAUAAGUGCCAGAUUAGGAAUGCAAAUUAAAAUAUGGAAAAAUAAGGUAAGAGAACCCCUGCUGGCUCUAGACAAAUGCAAAUCACUGGGUCGGGACGGACUGCAGCCAGAAUUUUACUGGAACUAAUAAAUGUGAUUUCAGAACCAUUGUAA